AUGACAGAGGUACCAUACAAUACAGCCGUCGAAGAAUUCCUUUCUUCCAAUCGCUCAGAUAUCUCAAAGGAUGGAAUAGUAGCAGAAGGACAAGAUUCAACCAUUUUGUCAGAUUCAUUGACGUUUUUGUCAGAUUACAACCUGCAUGAUCAUAACUCACUAAAUGAUCUAGAUUUAACACUCGGACAUUAUGAUCCAGAAUUCACAAAUUUAAUAGAUUCGGAUCUCUUUAAUCAGCUGGUUAAUGAAGAUAAUGGGAGAAUAAAUAGACGCUUUUCAUGGCCCUGCGUGUAUUCAGACGAUUAUGAUCUAUACCUUGAUUCAAAUAACUCCAAUAAUGCCCUGACAGACCACCGUGAAACAAAGGCCAGAACGACCCUUAGCAGGUUUAGAAGUCUGGAUGGAGUAAAGUCUUUCAGCAUUUUGAGGAGAAAUACUUGGGGAAGCUUGAUGUAUAGAUUCAGGAAGUUUUGCAUAGAACACAAUAGAAACAAUUUAGUUGGGAAGUCAAGAGGGUCAUCACUAGAUUCAAAUUCUUCACUUUCAGGCUCUUCAGAUUUAAACACAAAAUCACUAGAAAACAUUUUAAACCUGAAAAACGACGUCGUACAGUACGCAAUUUUUAAACCAGCAAACCUGAACAUUAAUAACCGUGAAUUUAUGAACGGGUUUGUCAAGAACAAAGAGGAAAAGGAUGAUAUUGUAACAGUGGUAAAGAGCUUAAGUAAUAAGAGAGUGUCAACAUACGGCUUGACCAGGAUAAUCAAGUGUACCUCUAGGCAGGAGUAUGAAGUACUAGAUCACAAUACAGGGAAUUACUUCCUCCUUAAGCUCACGAAUAACCUAAAUACAUUUAAUAUUUAUAAAACACUCUUCGACAACCCUCACCCAAACUUUGUAGAAGUUAUUCAGUUAUUGACUAACUCAGAUUUUAAUUCCACAAAUGAUAAUCAAAGUCCACAAAAUCAGGAUUCUAUUUAUUACAUACUGUUGAAUACCUGCAACCACAUGAGACUGAGCGAUUACCACAUUAAUACACUCCCGAGCCUGAUAGAUUUUAAAGUUUUAAGGAACAUAAUUAAAGGUCUGCUGAAUUUUGUGCUUUAUUUACAUUCAAAGUCACUGGUCCUAAGCAAACUGUCAAUGAAAUCAGUGAUAUUGUGCAACUCGUCAUCAAAUGGGUUGGAAAACGGAAUAAAUGAAGAUGUCCGACCAAAAGUGUUGGAUUUAGAAGAUGUUAGGGAAUGCGAAGGCAAGAAUGACAUCAAACACGACCUGUGGAUAAUAGGAAACUUGUUGUUCAACUUCAUAGAAGGAAAACAAUCAGAUGAAAAUUAUUCAUUCAAGUCAAACCUGUGGACCCUGUGUCCAAAAAUGUUCGAUUUCUGCAUAAUCGCAUUAGGAAAAAGAUCAUCAUUCAAUUCUGCUCUCGAGGCACUGAUACACCCGUGGUUUACAUCAUGA